CAAAAAUGUCUGCGAAUUGCAAGUUUAUCGUUGGUCAAUAUCAGCACUGCUUACGUCUAGGUGGCAGAGUGCCCAAUAUUUGCAGACUAUGAUGGUGCCUUAUUAAUCGAAGUUUUUUUUUUCUGUUUAAAGACAAUGGAAGAGUUGGGGGGGCCUCACACUACACUCUCGGUUGACUCUGAAUAAUAUUCCUGGGGGAUUAUUUUUUUAUAUAUUUUUUUUGUGUUGGAGUGCAUGUGUUAACUUUAUCUCGUUGAAAUUAAUAACUGACGUAGAAAAGGCUUAUGAAUUGUUACUGCAACAUCUGUGUGCUGUUUCUUGAUGGUGAAUCUUACUAUUCAAGAUUUGAAGCAGAACUGUUUCGACCUUAUAGGAUGAGCUAAGUGGUUAAAUAUUCUAGAAUGGUAAUACAAAAAUAAUCAUAAAAAUUGCCUGAUUCGUUAUUGCUAUUGAAACGUUGCAGCGGGAAUCCCUGAAUGAUUCAAGAAAUUGUGAAAGCAUUUACUCUAUGUAUUCCCUCGUGCCUCAUGUGUGAUCAAGUCAUCAUCAAGUCAAUUUGCCGGAAUCUUAAACAGCUUUUCGUUCAAAAGAAAUAGCUUGCAGAUGUCUAAUAGCAGACUUUUACGGGUAUUCGUUUAUGGUACGCUGAAGCGAGGUGAACCGAAUCACUAUUGGUUAACGGAUGCUGGGAAAGGCUUUUCCAGAUUAGUUUCAAUUGGAAAAACUCAAAAGAAGUAUCCAUUAGUUAUUGGCACACGCUACAAUAUUCCUUUUCUAUUGGAUAAGGAAGGAACUGGCCACAAUGUGGAAGGAGAAAUUUACGAAAUUGAUGAUAAAAUGUUGAGCAGCUUAGAUGAUCUGGAGGAGUAUCCGAAUUACUAUGACCGUGAAAUCCAGGACAUUGUAGCUGAAAAUGGCAGCACUACGCAAUGUUGGAUCUACCUAUUGAGAAAAUUUCCCGAAAAUAUGUUAUCCAAGGAGUUUCUACAAUCAUACAGGAAUACUCCCGAGAAGCCAUACUGUGAAAGGUCACUAAGACAACUGAAUAUCAAAGCUAAAGACGAUUUAAAGUUUUGAAAACGGAAUGAGAGCUAACUAAGAAUUCUUCAAUUUUAGCUAUUUACAAAUUGGAAAUCAAAGCUGAGCGAGGGCAUUGAUGAUGGCAUGGAAGAGUAAUCGGCGGAACCUGAUGAGUUCAAACGGCUACGGGCCUUGUAUGAAAGAUAUAGAUCAAUUGUUGAUAACGAAUAGAUGUGAAUUAAUUAAGUUUAAUCUUGUUGAGAAAUGGGGAAUAAAAAGAAUUUUAUAAAUUUUAA